GCAGGUUGCUGGAUAUCCGAGGCGACCUGAAAGUCUCUCGCCUCAUCAACGUGCGACUUGACUUCAUCUAUCUUGUUUUCGUGUCAAUCCCACAGUUCAGUCCGUUUCGAACUGUCGUGUAACGUACGGAAAUUUCCAGGAAGACCAAUUGUACAACAAGCUGGGGGAUUGUGUCCAUGGAUGAGUCACGCGGGAGCUAGCCCAGCAGGUGCAGCACGGCUUCGGGAUUGUUCGUCUCGGCUUGUGAGCCCAGACAGCCCAGGUCAGUGGUCCUCGCGCUCCAUCGGCGUCGUAUUUGGUCGGUGAGCUCCGACAACAGGCUGGUCCGCCUUGCCCGUUAAGGACCGUCACCAACAUGGCAUCGGGCCCGUCGGACCGAUCCAGCCCAUUGGACCAAUCCAAAGUCCUUCAGGAGGAGCUGACCUGCCCCGUGUGCCUGGACGUCUUCCACGACCCGCGCCUGCUUCCGUGCGGCCAUAACUUUUGUAAAAUAUGCCUGGAUCAGUUGCAGCAAUUGACGGUUCAGAGCAGAUUCCAGUGCCCAGAGUGCCGCGAGAGCCACCGCUGCAACAGGAGCUUCCAGAAGAACUUCAAGUUGGCUAACAUCGCCUUUGACUUCCGCCGUCGCCGCAGAGCGGCCAACUCCUCUACUGGAGCUGAGGCGUCAGCCCUGGCUUCCAAAGUGUGUGUUGCAUCCAUCUCGACUGGCCAACGAGAAUGCGUCCCGUGUGACUACUGCCCACCUCCCACCGCCGAGUUGUCAGGCCCUGGAACUUCUGCAGACGCUGGCAACUCGCAAGACAAGGGAGACAUGCAGGCGGGUUCCGCUGGCGAUUCUAACAUGGCAGUCAAGAUGUGCCUCAAAUGCGAGGUGUCAAUGUGUCCAGAGCACGUCAAACCCCAUCUGGAGCUGCCUGCGUUUCGAGAGCAUCCGCUGACAGAACCUAUGAAAGACUUUUGGAAGAGAAAAUGCCCUGACCAUGAUGAGAUCUUUAAGUACUACUGCCUUCAGGAUGAAGUGUGCGUGUGCAACGCUUGCACCGUCGAAGGAGGACAUACUGGACACACAAUCAAGACCCUGAGGAACACCAUGAUCGACAUCAAGCAGGUGCGUUUACACAAGCAGCUCAAUAAGAUGGAGAGAAAGUACACCUUGGCCCAGAAGAUGCUCCAUGAGCAGUCAAUGAAGGAGAGCGCGAACAAGAAGUUCUUGGAGGACUCUGAUGCCUGCUUGACCAGGCUGCGUCAAGAUCUGGAGGCUAAAGUGGCGGUCUUUGUGAACCGACUUUUGGAGUGUGCGCGCACCAACUGCGAAGCCGUCAUGCCCACCAUUCAGAAGAACAUCACCCGCAUCAACCAGGACUUGACUCGUCUCUGGGAGGUUCAUAGCGGCAUCAAGAGCCUCAUGGAGGAAAGAGACGCGUUUCGCUUCAUCGAGGCAUACAAGACCACAGGAAAGCAAUGUCGCAAACUGCUGAAGAAGAACAUGUUCGACCCAGACUACGUGGAUAUAGAUCCAGGGCUUCUGGCCAUCAUGAUGGAGGACGAAAUGCAAAAGUUCCUCAACCUGGAUCUCACCUUUUACAUCUUUGCAGCCAUCAAGUCAAUAUGUCAACAGAGUGAUAACGAGGAGGAGCGUUAUGAAAGCGAGGACGUGAUCAGGGAGGAAACUGAAGAUGCCGAACCUGAUGAAGGCAGUGACCACGAUGAUGGCAGCGAGGAAGAGCUAAGCGAGGACGAGGAGGAGAGUGAGGAAGAGGUGGAAGAAAGGCAGGAGAAUGAAGGUCAUGAACUGAGUGAUUCUGAUGCACUUUACAUCCCCGAACAGGAGGAGGAGGAAGAGGAGGAUGAAGAAGACGGGCAGGAGAAUGAAAGUCAUGAACUGAGUGAUUCUGAUGCACUUUACAUCCCCGAAGAGGAGGAGGAGGAAGAAGAAGAAUCAGAAGAGAGGGAUGAGGGGGGAGAGGAAGCUCAGGAUGAGGAGUAUGAAGAUAUUGAGGAUGGGGAAGAGGAGAUUGAUGAGGGAGGAGAGGAAGCUCAGGAUGAGGACUAUGAAGAUAUUGAGGAUGGGGAAGAAGGAGAUUAGAGUCACGCACAAAUACACAGCUGAAUGUAGAAUCAAGUGACCUCACUUGGGUUCUGUGAUUAUUUUUUUUCUCCCAUAUUUUACACAUGAAGAAAAAAGCAGUAAUUAUUUGUUGGAAUCUCAGCUCAUCACUCUCUUAUAGUAUUCACAUUAUCUCAGUGCUUGCGUGGUUUAUACAUCAACAUGAUACAAAAUAUGUAUCCUAGUUUAAUUAGAGGCUCUCCACGCGAACGCUUGUUUGUCAAUAACAUAACCAAUGAUUGACUGGCAAUCAUUCCGGGGGAACCUCUACCUCUCGCCCAAAGCUAACUGGGGUCAGUAGAAUAUCUAUUGUAUUGCAUUAAUGCCUUCAUUCACGGUAGUUAGCCAAAGAGGUGUAAAAAAUAUAUUUUGUGUGGAUAAAUACAAGAUUGUUUGCACUCUGCUAUUAUCAGCAAUUGGAUGUGUUCUAUUUCUGCCAAACUUAGAAUGUUCACUUAAGCAAGAGUUUGCACUUAAUUUAAUUGGCUGCUAUGCUAUGUUGGGCCUACUAUAUUUGAAUGUUGAAUCUAAAUGUUUUCAUAUAAAUGAUUUUGGGACAAGUAAAACUGUUAAUAAAAUAGUUAUUGAAAUGAAAGUUUGUAAUAAAAUGGCAUGAACGAA